AUGGCAUUCAAUUUCGGACGAUCUUCGGCCCAAACGGACCAGGUCAACUACUACUCAAAGAAGAAUUCGUCAGAGCUACCCAAUGGUCCCUCUGACUCAGUUUCUCAGCUCGCAUGGUCUGGAGACGGGCAGGCUCUUGCGUGUGCCUCCUGGGACCGAACCUGCCGGGUGUGGCAAAUCACGAAUCAGCCUGCGCCGUUCGGCUCGACUGCCCCCAUCGUGUACAAGGGAAACCCUCAGUCACUUUUCACUGAGACGGCUCCUGUCCUUUCUUGCUGUUUUGGGGAUACCACGCAAAUGCUGCUAACAGGUGGCUGUGAUAAACAGGUCAAGGCUUACGACCUCAUCAGCGGCCGAUCUACUGGGCAGGUUAUUGGUCAACAUGAUUCCCCCGUGAAUUUCGUGGCGUGGAAUCCUAUGUUCAAGCUGGUCAUAAGCACUAGCUGGGAUGGCGUUGUAAAAAUGUGGGAUGGAAAGCAGCCUAAUCCCGUUUGGCAGCAAAAUGUUGGCGCAAAAAUAUGCAAAGCAGCCUUUCAUGACUGUUUCUUGGGAAUAUGCGACACUUUCCGCGACUGCUUGAUUCUAAACAUCCCUCGUAUUCUGCAGCAGGGCCAGUCUGCCUUCGCUGCUACAACUCCCAGUGCUGCAGCUGCAUCCUCGAUACCUAUCGUUACGCGGGCAGGGUCUCAGUACCAGAAAAUGCAGAACCGUUCUAUUGCAUUCUUCCCCGACGACGCUUCUCAGUCUCCAGGAGCUGUUAUCGGCAGCGUGGAGGGCAGGUGCAGCAUUGUCUACAUCAAGGAAGAGCACAAAAGCAUGGACUUUAGCUAUCGGUGCCACCGCCAGGAUGUGCCUCAACAGGGAAUGCAGAUAUUCUCUGUGAAUGCGAUCUCCUUUAACAAGCUCAAACUCAAGACUUUCGAGUCCGCGGGCGCUCCGAUCGCGGAUUUGAAGUACGAUCCGACGUCCACAGCACUGGCGUAUGCGGGCCCAGAUCAGCAGGAAUUGGCCAAGGGGCACCACGUCUACAUCCACGCAAUGAAGGAAGAGGAUCUCCGCCCUCGUCCGAAAACUUCACAGCGACGCUAA